UAUAUAUUGAGACCCAGAGCCCCAAGCCUUAGACGCUUGUCUCCAACGCUUUCCAAGGAAGAAGAAAAAGAAAAAAGAAAAAAAAAAACAUUGUCUUAGUUUUCAACACUCUCGCUUCUAGCUAAGAAGACCUGUCUUUGUUUUGAGCAAGAGAAAUUAAGAAGAAAACAAGGUGAAAUGGGCAGACCUCCUUGCUGUGACAAAGAAGGUGUCAAGAAAGGACCUUGGACUCCUGAAGAGGACAUCAUUUUAGUCUCUUACAUUCAAGAACAUGGUCCUGGAAAUUGGAGGGCUGUUCCUACCAAUACUGGUUUGCUUAGAUGUAGCAAGAGUUGCAGGCUUAGAUGGACUAACUACCUUAGGCCUGGGAUCAAACGUGGGAACUUCACUGACCAUGAGGAGAAGAUGAUCAUCCAUCUUCAAGCUCUUUUGGGCAAUAGAUGGGCUGCAAUAGCCUCAUACCUCCCUCAGAGAACUGACAAUGACAUUAAGAAUUACUGGAACACCCACUUGAAGAAGAAGCUGAACAAGCUUACCCAAAUUGGUGGUCACUCAAAAGAUGAGGGAUUCACUAGUACUUGUUCUCAGCAGGCAACAAUAGCAAGAGGUCAAUGGGAGAGAAGGCUUCAAACUGAUAUCCACACGGCUCGACAAGCUCUUCGUGAAGCGCUUUCCCCUGCUGAGAAUUACAAGCCUGAUGGAUUUGCAAGCUCUGUGAGUUUGAGCAGUACUAGCACUAGUACUAGUACUGACUUGAAACCCUCAAUGGAUAUUGUACCUGCAGGCCAGUCGGAUCAAUCACCAUCAACCACUUUGAGUACUACCUAUGCUUCAAGCACUGAGAACAUUUCAAGGUUGCUCAAAGGUUGGAUGAAAAAUCCGCCCAAGUCAGCCAAGACUGGUACCACUGCAGCUGCUGGGGUUAUUGAUUCUACAUCAAGUAAUGAGGAGGCCACACUAUCUGCAGCAAACACUACUACCACUACUAGUACUACUGGCCAUGGAAAUAUCGAAUUGUCUAAUGCAUUUGAAUCUCUGUUCGGUUUUGAAUGCUCACUUGAAGCUUCAAAUUCUGAUCUCUCCCCGACUAUGUCACCCGAUCAGGGCAGCCUAUUCCAAGCCGAAAGCAAGCCGGAUGUUGGCCAAGAUCAAAUGCCACUCUCAUUGCUGGAGAAGUGGCUUUUUGAUGAAGCUGCCGUUAUUCAUGGGAAAGAAGUGCACUUCAGUGAUUUUAUUGCUCUAGAUGGUGAAAAUGCUAACUUUUUCUGAAGAGUAUCACUACUUGCUUGUUUAGUUUUGGGCAUAUUGGAUCGUCUUCUUACUUUUGGAUGUAGGUCUGUUGAAGAACUCCUGAUUAAUUUCACAGGGCCUUAAUUAGCAGAGGGAAAUUCUUAGAAACCUUCUUUGCUAGAACAGGGAAAUGUAAAAAGUUUAAGUUAUUAUGUCAAGUCUACAUCUUAGCGGAGAUCAGUAAUUCAAUUUCUCAGUUUGAGCUCUAGAUUUUGUUCUGUAAAAAUUUAUCAAGAUGCUGUCGUGAUGAAUUGAAUUUCUUGAUCACUUGCUUAUAAGCGAGGAUGCUAUUA